AAAUUCGUUCUGGUCGCCUUGGCUUUUGUGGCAUGCGCCUAUGCUGAUGUCUCGGAAUUGGGUUACAACUAUCCCAAGCCCAAUCCAGCUCCAGUGGUUCCUCACUUAAUUGUGGAUCCUCCACCAGCACCAGUAACUCGCCAGGUUAUUCAACAAAUCAGGAAUACCUACCUUCCUCCAGUUACCCGUCAUGUUCAUGUUGAACAACCCCAGAUCAAUAUUCCCCAAUCACUAAUUCAGAUUCAACCAGCACCCCGACCCCAGAUCAAUAUUCCCCAAUCACUAAUUCAGAUUCAACCAGCACCCCAACCCCAGAUUCAACCACCCCAAUCACUAAUUCAGGUUCAACCAGCACCAGUAACUCCCCUGAUUGUUGAACAACUCAAGAGGACCUAUCUUCCUCCAGCUCCAGUUACUUCUUAUGUUCGUGUUGGAGAACCCCAAAUAUAUCCCCCAGCACCUGUAACUCGCUAUGUUCAUGUUGAACAACCCCAGACAACUUACCUUCCCCCAGCACCUGUAACUCGCUAUGUUCAUGUUGAACAACCCCAGACAACUUACCUUCCCCCAGCACCAGCACCUCACUAUCUUGAUUAA